GAGGUUUUGAACUUAAAUCCUUUGGUGGGGAGCUUGUUUAAGGGCUACUUGGAUGUAUGGUUUGCCAAGGUACUCACAAGCCUAUGCUGAUGAGGUGGACAAAUUUAUUACAAUCGCAGUGAAUCAUGCAAAGACGUUGUCAACAGGAAAUAAUUGUUCAGUUAUUUGUCCCUGUAAAGAUUGCAAGAACCACUUAGCAACUUAUGAUGUGGAAAUCAUCAGAUCACAUCUGAUUAGGCGAGGAUUUGUCCCGAACUACACAGUAUGGCUUCAUCAUGGUGAAGUAAUGUUUCUUGAUGGCAACGAUGAUGACCAAGAAGACGAUGCUGAAGAAGGCCAAUUGUUGUCCCAAUACGCAGACAUGUUUGAAGCACAAAUGCAACAUGAUUCAGCAAAUGAACAAGCACGUGGUGAUGAUGUCGGUGGUGUCGACAAUAAUGAUGGGGAUGUUGGCGGUGUUGACAAUAAUGAUGUUGGAGCAUGUGAGGGGGAUGCAGAAAACUUUGACAACUUAGAGGAAAUGCUUCGGGCCAUUGGACCAGAAAUACUACAACAGAAGAAGGGUCUAGAAAAUCUAGAGCGGGUGAAAACAGCGUCAAAGGAGACUGUGUAUGGUGUUGAGAAGGGCUGUCCAACACAUUGGACACUGCUCCGUUUUGUGCUUGAGCUACUCAUCCUGAAGGCUAAGUACGGCUGGUCAGACUGCAGUUUUGACGAUCUGUUGCAUCUUCUUUCAUCUGUGCUGCCACUGCCGAACUUAGUUCCCUCCAACACAUACCAUGCUAAGAAGGUCAUAAGUCCAUUGACAAUGGGUGUUGAAAAGAUCCAUGCAUGCCCCAACCAUUGUAUCCUUUUUCGUGGUGAAACGUUCGAAGGUCUGGAUAAAUGUCCUCGUUGUGGGGCAAGUCGGUACAAGGACAAUGACCUUUACAGUGGUGGAGAAGCCUCCACCGGGAACAAGAGGAGUAAGAAGGGUUCCAAAAAGGUGGUACAAGAAUCUCGACCUCCAGAGGACACCCCAUUAGGCAACGACGCAAAGAAGAGAAAAAUUCCUGCCUUGGUAAUGUGGUAUCUGCCAGUGACCGACCGCUUGAGGCGUAUUUUCCUGAACCCUAAGGAAGCCGCGCUCAUGACAUGGUGGGACGAUGAGCGCAAGGUCGAUGACGAUGUGAUUGCACACCCGGCCGAUGGCAGUCAGUGGCAGGACUUCGAUAAUAACAACCCACUGUUCAGUUCGGACCCAAGGAAUGUACGGUUUGCCUUGAGCACCGAUGGAAUGAAUCCCUUCAACGAGAGGACGAGCAACCAUAGCACUUGGCCAGUGAUCUUGACCAUGUACAACAUCCCAACGUGGUUGUGUCAGAAGAGAAAGUAUCUUUUCCUCAUUGUUCUUGUUUCUGGCCCUCAGCAACCAGGCUUUGAUAUGGACGUGUUCCUCGAGCCUGUGAUGGAAGAAUUCGAGAAACUAUGGAGGACAGGGGAGCUGAUGUAUGAUGCUUUCCAAAAGGAGACCUUCACAUUAAGAGCAAUAAUAUUUGUGACUAUCAACGACCACCCUGCAUUGUUUGCCUUGUCUGGACAAAUCAAAGGCAAGACAGGAUGCUUAGUCUGUCUGGAUGAUACUAAAUGGGUGUACCUAGAUGGAUCUAAGAAGAUUGUUUACAUCAGGAAUCGUCGCUUUUUAAAGCAAGGUCACAAGUACCGCAGCAAAGUGUACUUAAAGUAUUUUGGCAACAUCCCAGAGGAUGAAGAUCGACCUCCGGAGAGACGUCAUGAUGGACAAUAUGUGUUCCAAAUGGUGAAAAAUAUAAGUGUCAUCUAUGGAAAGAAGAAAAUGGAUGGAACACCUAGAGAUAGAAGCACACCUCCUAUUGAAGGCGUGCCUUUUAAGAAAAAGUCAAUCUUCUUUCAGUAUCUUGAAUAUUGGCAACAAUUGGAGGUCCCCCAUGCCAUUGAUGCUAUGCAUGUGCAGAAGAAUGUCUUUGAGAGUCUCAUCGCUACCUUGAUGGACACACCGAAGUCAAAGGAUAGUCUCAAAGCAAGGAGAGACAUGGAGCAGCUACAUGUGAUGCCAGAGCUUCACCCGGUACUUGAGACAAAAACUGGAAAAUACACCCUACCCGCGGCUAGCUACAACCUGGACCUAGAAGAGAGGAGAGGUUUAUGCACUUCUGUGAAGGGGAUCAAAGUCCCGACUGGGUUUUCGGCAAACCCGAAGAAGCUAGUGUCGAUGAAGGACCUAUCAUUUCCACACUGCAAGGCUCACGAUUGUCAUAUGAUGCUGACGGUGUUCCUACCAAUCGCAAUAAGGGCUAUCAAGCCAGAGUUUUUGAAGAUGGCUAUCACCCGCAUGUGCUACUUCUGGUCGAAGAUCUCACAGAAGAAGAUUAGCAAGACAGAGCUGAGUGACCUACAUGAUUUUGUCGUAGAGACCCAAAACCAACUAGAGAUGUGUUUACCUCCCGCUUUCUUCGACCCUAUGGUACAUCUCAUGAUUCACAUGGUUCAUCAGAUACAGGCGUUGGGCCCUUGCUACUUGCAUGAAAUGUGGUCGUAUGAGCGGUUCAUGUCGGUUCUAAGUCGAUAUGUGCAUAAUCGUGCAUACCCAGAGGGCUCUAUGAUAGAGGGCUACAGUAGUGAAGAAGUCAUCGAGUGCUGUCAAGAGUACCUAAAAGUACAGAGAGGGAUUGGUAUUCCCGAUUCUCACUACAAGGGUAGGCUGGCCGGGAAGGGCACAAAUGGUAGAAAAAUCUUCAUCGACAAUGAAUACGCUGAAGUGAGUCGGGCGCACUACGCUGUCUUGGCGAGCACAAAACUGAUGGAACCAUAUAUUGAUGAACACAUGGAGAUCAUCCAAUCAGAGAGAAAUGGUCGUACAGGUGAUUGGGUCAUGAAACAACACAAGCAACGCCUAACUUCAUGGUUGAAGGACCAAAACAUACAGCCUGGAGAAACCAUAGAUUCUAUUACCAUCAGUAAGUUGGCAGCGGGGCCAUCAAGACAGGUGACAUCUUGGAGUUCUUAUGAGAUCAAUGGGUACACAUACUAUACCCACGCAAAGGAUAGUAAAUGUGUGAACCAAAACAGUGGUGUUCGAGCAGUGGCUAUCGGCGCAGGGGGACAAAAGAUCGAUUACUUUGGCAUAAUUGAAGAUAUAUGGGAACUUGACUAUGGAACUGAGGCACUAAAUGUGGCCCUAUUUCGAUGUCGCUAGAUCAAGCAACAUGAAUUCAAUGAAAUCGGAUUGAGGGUCGUGGACCUUCACAGCAUAGGCUACCAGGAUGAUCCAUGGGUCCUUGCUUCACAUGUUACACAGGUUUUCUAUAUGACCGACCCGCUCAGCAUUGUCCCCCCAAAGAAGAAACCUAAGCAUGUGGUUAUCCCUGGAAAACAGCACAUUAUUGGAGUUGAUGGCGUUGAUGAUGUUGAAGCCUACAAUAAGUGCGAUCAGGUGCCGCUAUUCACAGACUUUAUUAACAAGAUUGGUGUUGUGGAAAAAAGCCUACCCAAAGAUGUAUUGCCAUGGGAACGAAAAGGUGUGAAGUGGAAAACUGUUACGGCGGCGGAUACUAAUAAAUAGUCAUUUGUAUGUGUGUGAGACUUUAUUUAUGUAUCCAUGUGAGACUACAUUUAUGUAUGUGUGUGAGACUACAUUUA